GGCGACGACAACCGCCGAGCGCCACCCGAACGGGAAGGGGAGCCACCUUUGGUCGGACUCGUGACAAUAGGGAAAGUGGGAAAGUCAACACUGACCAUGAUCCACUCGAAAUUCAUCACCAAACCGGGAGGUGGCAGAGACCAUUAUAGAGAAACAAGUUUGACGGAUUCAGAUAAAAUGGCUUGCGAAUCGACUCUCCCAGAGGAGGAUCUAUCCUGUCCUGUGUGCUGUGACAUCUUCAAGGAUCCUGUUCUCCUGUCUUGUAGCCACAGCUUCUGUAAAGCCUGUCUGCAGGAAUUCUGGAAAGAGAAGGAAUGGCAGGAGUGUCCAGUUUGCAGGAGAAGAUCGUCAAGGUCUGAGCCUCCCAAUAACCGGGCUCUUAAGAACCUAUGUGAGGCCUUCUUACAGGAGAGGCGUCAGAGAGCUUCAGCAGGGUCUGCGGUGCUCUGCAGUCUGCAUGGAGAGAAACUCAAGCUCUUCUGUCUGGAGCAUAAACAGCCUAUCUGUGUGGUGUGUCGUGAUUCAAGGAAACAUAAAAAGCAUGACUGCAUUCCCAUAGAUGAAGCUGUACAGGAUCUUAAGGAGGAACUCGAGCCUACCCUGAAGUCCUUACAGGAGAAAUUGGAAGUCUUUAAGAAAGUCAAACUCACUUGUGAUAAAACAGCACAGCAUAUCAAGAGUUCAAGUGCUCUCUGUCUCCAGAGCCAGGCUAAGGACACAGAGAAAACGAUUAAGGAGGACUUUGAGCGGGUUCACCAGUUUCUACGAGAGGAGGAGGAGGCCAAGAUAGCUGCCCUGAGGGAGGAAGAGGAGCAGAAGAGUCAGACAAUGAAGGUGAAGAUUGAAGAGAUGAGUGGACAGAUAUCAUCACUUUCAGACAAAAUCAAAGCCAUAGAGAAAGAGCUGGAAGCUGAAGACAUCUCAUUCCUGCAGAACUACAAUGCCACAAUGAAAAGAACCCAAUGCCCACUGCCUGAUCCUGUGAGGGUUUCAGGAGCGCUGAUAGAUGUGGCAAAACACCUGGGCAACCUCAUGUUCAGAAUCUGGGAGAAAAUGAAGGAGAUUGUUCAAUACACGCCGGUGGUUCUGGACCCUAAUACUGUGCACUCAAAGGUACUCUGCUCCAUGACCUGGAUGGGGUAUGAUGAUUGCUUUGUAUGGGGUGGUGAGUUCCAGGAGCGUCCUGACAACCCAGAGAGGUUAGCCCAGGGAUGGGCCAUGGGCUCUGAGGGCUUUACCUCAGGGACACACAGUUGGGACAUUGAGAUUGAUGACGAGUAUUGGUUUGCAGGUGUGGCCACUGAGUCUGUCAAUAGGUCUGAUCCUAGAGAUGAAGUCUGGGGUGUUAGCCAUGUUGAUAGUUUUAAUACAGAUUAUAAGGAAGACUUUGAUUAUGUAUAUAAAGUAAGUUGCCCAAAUACUGAAACCAUUUACCUCCCUGUGAGACACAACUCCAGAGUUAAGGACAGGAUCAGAGUUCAGCUGGACAGGGACAGAGGAGAGCUAUCAUUCUACGACAUUGAUAAUGACACACAUAUACACACACGCACACACGCAUUCACUGGGAGAAUAUUUCCAUUUUUUUCAGUGCGUGACGGUCUGAGGAUUUUACCAGCGAGGGCCUCUAUAACAGUGGAACAGCACAUUUAGGGCUGCUGGAAAACGUGUGGUGAGCUGGCAUUUACCCCAGUCAGUUUCAUCGGGUUUUGCAACACCCUACUACUGUUAAUUUGAAAUAAUAAAAAUAUUGACAAAGUGUGGAAA